CCAUUUUGAAGUUGGCAGCGACCUCACUGUUGAGAAUGGCAUGUUGGGAACUGGGGGUGGUGAGCAUCCCCCAAGAGCUACAGAUAGAAUAUCAUCAAGAGCUGACUUUAACAAAAGAAGAAAUAAUCCUCAGUAUGAAAUGCCCUUAUGCUUGGCUCUCUUCAAGUGGGCAUCUUAGUCAGCAAUCCCCUACUUACCUCUCUACAGCUACCUUCUCCACAGGUGCUUUGGAAAUCCCCUCUACUGUGAGGUCUUAUGCCAGGACCUUCUCUCUAAAGAUAUUUUGCUCUUUCAUGACCUACAAAAGGUGGAGGAGAACAGCAAGUGGGAGAACCUCUCAGCCAAUGCCGUGAAAUCCACAAUGUAUGGUAUUUUUCCUGCUGGCUCUGCAGAAGACCAUGAACUUUAUAUCUGCACAGUCAAGGAUGAUGUGAACUUGGAUACAGUGCUUCUCCCACCAUUAUUAAAAGAAAUAGCAGUAAACCAGUUAGAUCAAUUGAGCCCAGCGGAGCAGCUGCUGGUUAAGUGUGCUGCAGUCAUUGGUCACUCCUUCCACAUAGAUCUGGUGCAACACCUCCUGCCUGGCUGGAAUAAAAAUAAGCUACUUCAGGUGUUGAGGGCUCUUGUGGAUAUACAUGUGCUCUGCUGGAUCAACAAGAGUCAAGAGCUUCCUGCUGACUCAAUAAUAGUGCCUUCCUCGAUCAAGAUUAUUGAACAAAUCAAAGAGAAGAAGAAAAAGUCAGAUGCUGACUCUCCUCUCAGUCUGCAAGAGGAACUAUCCCUACCUCAAACAGAGGUGCUAGAAUUUGGAGUGCCACUAAUACGGGAAGCUGCUUGGGAGCUGUGGCCCAAGGCGCAGCAGAUAGCCCUGCACCUUGAAUGUGCCUACUUUCUCCGCAAUUUGGCCUGCCGCUGUGGGAGCUGUCAUGGUGGGGACUUUGUCCCCUUCCACCGUUUUGCCGUCUGUUCUACUAAGAGCUGCAAUGGGACCUCCCGAUUCUGUAGUUACAAAGAUACUGGCUCAGUACUAACACAAGUGAUCACAGACAAAUUGCAGCUGCCUUCUCCCCAAGACAGUUUUCAGUUCCAGACAAAAUCAUUCAGAAGUCAGGAGGCCUUCACAAGUGAACACUGCAGAACAGAGGAAGAGUUCCUGGAUCAAGUGAACAGGAAGCUGUUUCAGGCCAGCCCCAAGAAAGACAUGUUGACCUCCAGGCCCUGUCACUGUGAGGAUAUCCUGAAGUUAGUGCUCUCACCACUCACCCACCACUGCCUGGUCAUUGGAGAAACCACAUGUGCAUUUUAUUACCUGCUGGAGGCUGCUGCUGCCUCCUUGGAUCUAUCAGAGAAUUACAUGGCCUUCCUUUAUUUGAAGAAGGCAAGCAGUCUUCUGGGACAGCCCUCAGCAUUCUCAUUUUUGAAAAAGCACAAGGUGAAGAUCUGUCAGUUUGAGGAGGCCACUUUCUGCUGUCUUCGGUCAGAGGUCUGUUUCAACAUGGGACAGAUCACCUUGGCCAAAAAAUUGGCCAGGCAAGCCCUUCGACUGCUGAAAAGGAAUUUCCCUUGGACCUGGUUUGGUGUCCUUUUCCAAACAUUCCUAGAAAAAUAUUGGCGUUCCUGUUCCCUAAGCCAACCUCCAAACAACCCCAGUGAGAACAAGAAGAAGCUGGCAGUCCUGCAGCAGCAGGUACACUGCCUCUCCCUGCUCUGGCAGCUCUAUAACCUGGAGACCACAGCCAGCAGCCACAGGUUUGCCUGCCUCGCCACUCUUAUGCAGAAGAAUUCUGCUGAGGAGUUUGCAAAUGAAGCCCAGGUUGUCUCUACCUAUGUGGCCCUAUCCCAGUUCUCCCAGAAUACGGGUGACAGGGACAAGUGGCUGCACUGUGAGCAGAUGGCCAUUCAGAAAAGCAGCCUAUGCUGGUUCUCCAGGGAGGGAUUGCUGGCCACGGCCCAGCUCAUGCAGGCCUUGGCCUACACCAAGCUCUGCCUCGGCCAUCUGGACCUCUCCAUCAAGCUGGGUUUUCAAGCUCAUGAGAUAUGCAGACACCUCAAGAAACCAGCUCUGGAGAAUCUGGUUCUCUCAGUUCUCUUCAGAUCUGCAUUUCUGAAGAAGAAAUUUGAUCUGUGUGUCCAUGUGCUGGAGUGUCAGUGGGUGCUCAUUUCCCAUGGUCAUGACGUCCUUGGCCUGGCCUGCUUCUAUUCUGCUUGCUUAGAUCUGCUGCUCUACGGAGAAGGAUUGCUGUGUCGGCCCUUUGGCGAGUGUCUGCAUUUCAUUCAACACUGUGAGCACAGCUGCAUUCUAAACUCUCAGAGUAAUGUCAUGCUGGGGGUCCACUCAUCUCUGGCCAUGUGGUUUGCCCAGGACUCCCAGUGGAAUCUCUUUGAGCACCACUUCUCCAAGGCUCGCCAUUUGGUGAAAAGAACCAAUGCCUCACUAUUUGGUUCACAUGGCUUUGUCCGAUUCCUGGAGUGCCAUGUGCUAAUGUUACAAAAAAUGCCAGACAGUGUCUUCAUGCACACUCUGCCAGAGACGUGCAGCCAAACCCUCAAGUACUGUAAGGAGUUCUUCUCUCGGUGUGUGACCUGCCCAGUCUAUCACCAGUGGGUCUCUGAGCUUAAAGCCUCUGUAAUGAGAUAUGGAAAGAGAGAAUCCAUGUCCUCAACUAACAUCAUCAGACCUUUUGACACCUGCUUGGCCAGGAUUUGGAUAGAGGGAGAAUACCUGGAGGAAAACCACUCCUUUGGAGGACAUUUAGGAAUACAGAGAUUUGACAGAAUGGCUGAUGUCAAGGAGAAUAAGAACGAAGAAGAAAUUCAAGAAUGUACAUGUUAAAAAAAAAGCCAUCUGAAGGGACCAUGGUUUUCUUGUUGUAUAUAAC